AUGCCACAAGAAUUACUGAGGUUUCCGACGAGUUACUUGACGGUAGGGAUCUAUCGAUUGGGCACGGAUCCGAAGAUCAACCGAGCGAUCGUGCAAGAGUUCUCGACGAUUGUGAAGAGAUUGGUGAUGCUCUCGAUAGUCUACUGUGCUCUCUCCUAUCCGGUGACGAAGGUCUGGGUGAAGUAUUUCCUACUGAGCAAGCGAGCCAAGCCGGCGGAUCAGGACGAAGUAGCAGAGACGGUGGGCAUGAUCGGAGCCAUGUUCUCCCUCGUCAACUUCACCACCAUCAGUCUCGUCCUCAGCCAACUCAGCUCGAUCAUCGAAUUCUUCCUCCUCAGGAAACUCAAGAAAACCAGAGCUAAGGUCUACCAAUUCACCAUCGAGAGUCGGGCCAAGUCCGAGCAGUUCUGGAUCCCCUACGUCGAGGAAUGGGAUCAUCCUCCUCUCGAGAAGGCUCAGCGAAGGAUCUCCAAGUGGAAGUGGUACAAGACUAUCACCGGACCGAUCUUUAGAUUGCUUGUCCUCAAAGUCAUCUUAUUACCACUCAACUUCGUCCCGUUUCUGAACACGAUCGUCGGCUCAUUUCUGGUCUCCUUGACGCUAUCGGAAAGACUAUUGGAGCCCUACUUCAAGACGAAGAAGAUGAGUGAGCUGGAGCAGGCUCUGUUCAUGGUAGAGCGAGAGAACUCGUUGCGAUGGCUCGGGUUCUUCGCCGCCGUCCUCGAACGGAUCCCGAUCCUUGGGAUCCUCUUCUCCUUCUCAAAUCGGAUCGCCUUCGCUAUGUUCGCUCAUGACCUCGAGAAACAUCAACAUGCCGUCAAACAGGGCCUUAUCCCCAAACAACCUGACCCCUAUCGCUCCAAGACUGCCGCUAUCGAAUUGGAUUUACCGUCUGAUGCAAUCGGAAAUUUCCCCAAGAAGAAACUAUAA